AUGGCAGCUCUGGCCAAGGGCGCUCGCCCCUACCAGAUCGUCGUGUGGGGCGCCACUGGCUUCACCGGCAAAAUCCUGUGCGAGCAGAUGGCCGCGGUGUACCCGGGAACAUGCCGGUGGGCAAUGGCUGGCAGGAAUAAAGGCAAGCUGGAAUCGCUGCGCGUGGAGCUGGAGAAGAUAGAUGCAAUGUGCAAGGAUGUCCCUCUGAUCGUGGCAGAUGCUGCAGAUCAGACUUCACUGGACAGGAUGGUUGAGCAGACAGAUGUGGUCGUCGCCUGUGCUGGCCCCUUCUUCAUGUACAGUGAAGGUGUUGUUGAUGCCAGUGUGCGCUUAGGCACACACUACUGUGACAUUACAGGUGAAACGCCCUGGGUAAAAGGCCUCAUACGCAAGUAUCAUGACACUGCCAAAGCCAGAGGCGUGAAGCUAGUGUCUUUCUGUGGACAGGACAGUAUCCCUUCAGACCUGGGAACCUGGUUCGUUGUCGACCACAUGAAAAAAAGUUUGCAGAGGAAAUGCGAUAAGGUCGAUGGCGUGUGUGUGAAAGCCAAGGGGGGGUUUAGUGGGGGGACCAUUUCCACUGCUAUAAAAACGACAGAGCUAAUGUUGGCAGCGGGGAACAUGAAGGAGAGCAUGGAUCCAUACAGCUUGGAUCCCCCAGACAGCAGACGAGGCAGCGAUGGCGCAGACUUGCUGAUGCCAGUUUUCCAAAAGGAGCUGGGCGUUUGGGCCGGCCCCUUCCCGAUGGGGGCGGUGAACUCGCGAGUGGUCAGGCGGAGCAACGCCCUCCUUGGCCAUGCAUACGGUGACGACUUCAAAUACACAGAGAUGUGGAAGCAAGGAAACUGGUUGGGCGCAUUCAUGACAACAGCAGUCCUUGUCGUCUCCUUUUUGAUCAUCAGGUUCAAAUUCCUCCAGUGGUUGUUUGGACGGUACAUUCCCAAACCCGGCCAGGGCCCUUCAGUUGAAGACCGAAAGGCAGGGUUCUGGGAAUACUGCAUGGCGGGUGUUACACAAGAGGAGCCAGGAGUCCAGCCAGCCGUUGUCAAGGCCAAAGUUGCGGACCCACAUGACCCAUAUACCAGCACGGCUCGCAUGGCCCUGGAGAGUGCCCUGUGCCUGGCGUUGGAGUCGGAGAACUUGAAGAAGGCUGGUGCCAUGCAGGGGGGCGUGCUGACGCCCGCCACGGCAAUGGGCCCUGUGCUCAUCGACAGGCUCCGUAAAGUGGGUUUCACCUUUGACAUCAUGGAACCUGAGGGCAAUGAGUGA